AUGUCAAGAAAUGAAUUUGAAGGCAAUAUUCCCUCUUCUUUUGGGAAUUUGGUUUCCUUACAGGGUCUAGACUUGUCCGAGAAUCAUUUCUCAGGAAACAUACCAAUGCAUUUCAUAAUGGGUUGCUACAAUUUAGAAUUUCUCAUAUUAUCAAACAAUAAUUUCAGCGGCCAAAUAUUUCCUACCAAUUCUAAUUGGACUAGUCUAACAAAUUUACAUUUGGACAACAAUCACUUCUCAGGCACGCUUCCAACAUGGAUAAGGAACGUGACAUCUUUAGAAGGUAUUGUUAUGGCCAAAAAUCAUUUUGAAGGUCCUAUUCUAGUUGAGUUAUGCAAACUCGUUGAUCUUGCAUUUCUUGACCUUUCUGACAACAAUCUUUUUGGCUCUGUUCCAUCUUGCUUCAAUUCCUCAAGUAUCAGAUUUUUUCAAUUAAAUAAAAAUUGCUUGAGCGGUCCAAUUCCAAGUUCUUUCCAAAACAACUCCAAUCUACUUACACUGAAUCUUCGAGAUAACCAUCUAACUGGAAACAUUCCCAAUUGGAUUGGUAGCCUCUCAUCAUUGAGAAUUCUUCUCUUGAAAGCCAAUCAUUUAGGAGGUCAAAUUCCAAUUCAAGUAUGCCUUGUGCAAAACUUAAACAUUUUGGAUCUUUCCUACAGUAAAUUUUCAGGUCUAAUUCCUCAUUGCUUGAGUAACAUUACUUUUGAUGCAUCUGCUCAUGAACCUUCCUUAAGAGGUUUAUCUUUAGGGGAUUCUGAAUCAAGGAAUUUGUCAUCGUAUUUGAACACAAAGUUAAAUAUUGUCAAAUUUCUAAUUGGUGAUAUAUCUACGCUUGACGGAUUUGUGAAUGUUGAAGAAGAAGUAGAGUUCACAACAAAAACUAGAACUUACUCCUACAAGGGUGACAUCCUCGAGUACAUGUUUGGAAUUGACCUCUCGUGCAACAACCUAGUAGGUAAAAUCCCACUGGAACUCGGUAGGAUGAGUAGCAACAUUCGUGCAUUGAAAUUGUCACACAACAAUCUAUCCGGACUAAUCCCAGUAACAUUCUCAAAUUUAAAGCAAAUUGAAAGUCUGGAUCUUUCCUACAAUAAUUUGAAUGGCAAAAUUCCACCUCAGUUGACCGAAGUGACCUCUCUAGCGGUCUUCAUUGUGGCACACAACAACUUAUCAGGAACAACACCUAACAGAAAAAAUCAAUUCAUUACUUUUGAUGAAAGCAGUUAUGAGGGAAACCCUCUCCUGUGUGGACCUCCAUUACAUAAUAGUUGCACCAAAAUGAGACCACCGUCUACAAUAUCAGUGGAUAUUGAGGGGGAAGGUGGUAGUUUCAUGGACAUGAACCUCUAG